CCCCGGUCGCCCCACAGCGCUAGUCUGCCAUGGCCCGGGAGAACGGCGAGAGCAGCUCUUCCUGGAAGAAGCAAGCGGAAGACAUAAAGAAGAUCUUCGAGUUCAAGGAGACCCUCGGAACUGGGGCCUUUUCUGAAGUGGUUUUAGCUGAAGAAAAAGCAACUGGGAAACUCUUCGCAGUGAAGUGCAUCCCGAAGAAGGCGCUGAAGGGCAAAGAGAGCAGCAUCGAGAAUGAGAUCGCCGUUCUUAGGAAGAUUAAGCAUGAAAACAUUGUUGCCCUGGAAGAUAUUUAUGAGAGCCCGAAUCACCUGUACUUGGUCAUGCAACUUGUGUCCGGUGGAGAACUCUUUGAUCGGAUAGUGGAGAAGGGGUUUUACACAGAGAAAGACGCCAGCACUCUCAUCCGCCAGGUCCUGGAUGCUGUGUACUAUCUCCACAGGAUGGGCAUCGUCCACAGGGACCUCAAGCCUGAAAAUCUCUUGUACUACAGUCAAGAUGAGGAGUCCAAAAUAAUGAUCAGUGACUUUGGUUUGUCAAAAAUGGAGGGCAAAGGAGAUGUGAUGUCCACAGCCUGUGGAACCCCAGGCUACGUUGCUCCUGAAGUUCUUGCUCAGAAACCAUACAGCAAAGCUGUUGACUGCUGGUCCAUUGGGGUGAUCGCCUACAUCUUGCUCUGUGGCUACCCUCCUUUUUAUGACGAAAAUGACUCGAAGCUGUUUGAGCAGAUCCUCAAGGCAGAAUAUGAGUUUGAUUCCCCCUACUGGGAUGACAUCUCAGACUCUGCAAAAGACUUCAUUCGGAAUCUGAUGGAGAAAGACCCAAAUAAAAGAUACACAUGUGAGCAGGCCGCUCGGCAUCCGUGGAUUGCGGGUGACACGGCCCUCAGCAAAAACAUUCAUGAAUCCGUCAGCGCCCAGAUCCGGAAGAAUUUUGCAAAGAGCAAAUGGAGACAAGCGUUCAAUGCCACAGCCGUCGUGAGACACAUGAGAAGGCUACAGCUCGGCAGCAGCCUGGACAGUUCAAAUGCAAGUGUCUCAAGCAACCUCAGUUUGGCGAGCCAAAAAGAUUGUGCGUCUGGCACCUUCCACGCUCUGUAGUUUCCUUUCUUCUUCGUCGGGGGUCACAGGAGUCGGAGCUGAGAGGAGACCCAGGCCCACCACUGUGACGACAGGGCACACUGGAAGCAAGUGACCCGGCUCUGGAGGUGGGACCCAGGGGGCGGAGCCGGGGAAGGGGAAGCCCCAGGCCGGAGCAGCUCCAGCAUCGGAGACCCCACCCACCCUGCAUGGUGCGCCUGCAUAGGACUGGAAGACAGAAGUUUUUUAUGGCCAUAUUUUAUACUGCAAUUCUGAUGUGUUCAUUUCUCACAAACUGUACUGACUCAAGGGGAGCUGACUUCACAGGAUCUGGUGCUGUAUAUACGAAUCUUGCAAAGCUCUAACUGAACGGACCUUCUUGCUCCCUUCCCCCAACUCCACCACUUCCGCUCUCUCAGUGUAGGAAGCCAUCUAGGGUGUAUUUUUUCAUGAAAAAAAAAAAGGUUUCAACUGGAUUAUUUAAAUAUUGGUAAAUGUUGUGCAUUAGAA